UACAUUCAAUGUCACAUGUCAUUAGUUUGAGGUUACUUUAUCGAUUAAAAGUGGUUUUUCAAAAUUUUGAUCCUUUACUCAAUAGUGAUCAGUUAACAUUCCAAACUGACGAUACCAAAGUCUGCGGUGUAAAACGUAUUCCUUUUGAAUAACUUGCAUUUAUUUUCUAUAGAUUUGCUGUCAACAUAAUGAAUAGCAUUGGAGAGGCUUGUAAUGAUUUGAAAAAAGAAUAUGAUGCUUGCUUCAACACCUGGUUCUCAGAUCACUUUCUGAAAGGAAAUACAAACGACUCAAUGUGUGCUCCUUUAUUCAAAGUGUAUCAGCAGUGCGUCAAAAAAGCUAUGAAGGAUCAGAAAAUAGAUUUGCAAGAGGUGAAUAAAGAUGUCUUAGGGACAGAUGAUGAGAAGAAGCAACCUCAGAAGUCAUGAUAUACACAGUCAAAACCCAGCGGAGUACUGCCAUCUACAAAUCUGAUCAAUACACAGGGACCUACAUUAUUAUAAGCAUUGCUUAUGGUUCGCACAAUAUGAAAGCACCAGAAUAACAAUCACACGGUCCACUUCACCAAGAAUGAUGAGCUGAAGAAGGAAUAUCAAAAAGCCAAGUACAUUUUAUUUUGAAGAUGUUUUAACUCAAAUGAAAAAUCCAGUCAACAAUUGAAAUGGUUUUCUGUAUUAGAGAAAAUAUUUUUCAACACAUUUUCCUAGAUAUACAUUUUAAGCCUUGGACAAAGUUUGCUGUUUAAUAUUUCUAGCUGUUUUUAUCUGAAUCACAACAAUUAGGAUUGCAUUUAUCAUUGUGUAUUAAAGUAUAUCAUACUUGCAUAAAAAUGUAUAACUUGUUUAUUUUUGUCUCAAUGCUCUGAACAAAUACAUAUUUGCGACCCAUAUGUAACUGUGACCAACAUAAGUUUUAAACAUACUUUCACCAAAUACUUAUAGUUAGUAGCAAAACCUAAUUUAAGUAUUGAUGACUUCUAAUGUAAUAAUUUGUAAGUCUCACUAGACAUGUACUGUUUUUGAAUUGAAAUGAUACAAAAAUUCAAAGACUUCACAGCAACUUAUAAAUUUUCCCAGUGUUGGUGGUCCAGAUAUAUUUUCCACAUAGCACGAAUCACCAUUCACAUGUUUAAUGAAUUACAAAUUUUUAAAAUUAGAAUAUAUCUAGUGUAGAUUAUGAAUGUUUUAUGUAUUUUAUUUCACUUGAGUACCUGAAUAUUGUUGAAUAAAACAAAUUAAGAAAAACUAA